AAAAAUAAAAUGCUAAGUUGUUAAAACUGGUAAAAUCGUUUUUCAUUUUCUAAACUAAAACAUUAAUUUGAAUUUAAGAAAAGUUAAGGGUUUAAACUAUUAAUAAAAGGAAUAAAAAUCCGUAUAUUUUUUCCAUUCUACAACGAGUAACGACUUCAAAAUUAGUUUAGAAAUAUCGGCGUUUACUUCCAUAACCUAAAAAAUUUUUGAAAAUGGAUAUUCGACCUAAUAAUACAAUUUAUAUAAAUAAUUUAAAUGAAAAAGUGAAAAAAGAAGAUUUAAAGAAAUCAUUGUAUGCAAUAUUUUCUCAAUUUGGUCAAAUUUUAGAUAUUGUUGCAUUAAAAACGCUAAAAAUGCGUGGUCAAGCUUUUGUUAUUUUUAAAGAAAUAUCUAGUGCUACAAAUGGAAUACGAGCUAUGCAAGGAUUUCCAUUUUAUGAUAAACCUAUGAGAAUUCAAUACGCGAAAACAGAUUCAGACAUAAUUGCAAAAUCGAAAGGAACAUUCCAAGAAAGACCGAAAAGAGUUAAACCAACACCUUUAAAAGAUGAUGAACAUGUUUCUAGUAAAAAGAAACGAAAGAGUAAAGACCCUGCUGCUAAAGCUGCAGCAAAUGCAAAUGCCGAACAACCACCUAAUCAAAUCUUAUUCUUAACGAAUUUACCUGAUGAAACCAGUGAAAUGAUGUUAUCUAUGUUGUUCAACCAAUUUCCUGGUUUCAAAGAAGUACGUUUGGUACCCAAUCGACAUGAUAUCGCUUUUGUAGAGUUUGAAAAUGAAUUACAAUCAGGUGCCGCGAAAGAUGCGCUCCAAGGAUUCAAGAUAACACCAUCACAUGCAAUGAAAAUUUCUUUUGCAAAGAAAUAAUUUUAUUAACAAUUUUUUUUCGAAAAAAUGUGUUUAUUGUAAGAUGUGUUUGUGAAAUUUCUAGAAUAAUAAGUUUAUUUUAAUUAUCGAAAAAAUGAUUAUGUACGUAUGAAAAUUUAUUAUUUGAUAAAUAAAAUAUAAGAAUACAUUUGUGGAUAAUGUGUUGUGCAUUGCACUAAGCCUUCCAAAUCCUCAAAUGUUUACCAGUGGCUGUGUAUCAUAAACAAUG